GAAUUUACAUAAAAUAUUGUUUUUCAGUAAUUCAAGACGUUGAAAUCGAAAAUCUGGAGAAUAACAUCGAAACAAGGACUUACAUUAAAAUUAUCUGACCUCGUUAUUUAGAUUGAAGACUAAGAAUGCAAGGGGUUUUGCUUGUCUCCAUUCUGGCUACAACGCUUUUUGUUGUCAACGGCCAACAGAAAAUAUGUGUAUCAAUGGCAAUUAAUUUGAAUCUCGAUCCUGGACAUGAUUUAGGAAUGCAAGCUGGAAUUGCUUCGUGGGAAGCCUGUUGUGAGAUUUGUAAAGCUAACCCGACAUGUCAAGGCUUUGUAUACAAUAACUUGAAGGCCUGCUGGCUGAAAAAUACACAGGGACCUUUUAAGCCUGACAAUCCAAAAUGGCAAACUCAUGCUGGGUUAGUUGUAGCAGUACCUGGCGGGCCGGUUGUUAAUCCUACUCCGACACCAACUCCAACUGAAAAACCGCUUGUUUGUCUAAAUCCAGUUGAACAAGCAGAAGCCGUAAAACUUGCCAAUAGUAUCGCUGCCAUAGUCGACGCGGCUAUAACAAUUGGUGCUGUUGGCUUCAAUGAUCCUGCUAAGAAGCAACAAUAUUUGGAUGUUAAAACUAGAGUAUUUGCAGCGUUGCAAAAUGGAUGGGGUGCUCCGGGUGUUUGCGAUGCGAUUGCUAAUUCAACCGCUGAUCCCUUGACUGAAAUCCCUGAUGCUGGAGUAUUCGUUUCUGGUUUGGUAAAGACAAGCGUGAAGACGGCAUGUGAGAAACGGAAAACAGAGCUUGGAUGUUAAUAACAUCCUGUUUUUUGAUUUUUUUUUUUUUUUAAAUAAUCUAUUUAUUAUCAUCCCAAUAUAUUUCUGUGUGGAACACUUAUUUUAUUGCAAAAAAUUCUAAAUAUUUCAAUCGAGGAUUCCUCAGAUUGUGCAAAUAUUUCGUUUCGGGGCUAUCUACCAGCUGGUCUACAAAUUUACAUUCAUUUGUUCAAGUUUUUAUCGUUUGAAGUAUUAGAUUUAAAUUUUGAGUAGCGCGAGCAUUGAUUCAUGUGUAUUCCAAAUCAAGUACUUCAAAUGAUAAUCUUUUGGCAAAUGAAUUGUGUACCUUGUCGUGUACCAGCUGGUGCCCGAAGCGAAAUUUGCACAAUCUUAGUAAUCUUCGAUUGUAUGAAAAAUAA